GGAGAACACCCUCAGGCGUCAGCCGCUAUAUAAAGGAGCUGCAGCUUCUCCUCAGUCUGCCACUUCAAACCGGACUCAGACUCUUCCUAACAGCAACACCAGGACGAUACAGCCAUGCUUGCUCCAGGCGUCUGCUUGAACAUCAUCAGUGCUCGUCACUCUAAAGACGGAUAUGGAACCGUUUCCAACCCCGAGAAGUUCCUGAACCAGAACUACCAGCAGCUGAAGGAGUACUGCCUCAUCCGCCGGCUGAGGUUCGUCGACGACACGUUCCCCCCUGACCACAACUCCAUCGGCAGGAAGAUUCUGAAGCAGGAAGACCUGGUGAAGGUGAAGUGGGUCAGACCGUCGGAACUUGUUCCCAAACCUUCCUUCAUUGUUGACGGAGUCUCCAGAUUUGACUUUGGCCAAGGAAGGGCUGGAAACUGCUGGUUUGUUGCCUCCAUUGGAGCGCUGACCUUCCAGGAUGUGGUCCUGGAACAAGUCGUUCCUUCUGAGCAAACAUUUGAUGAAGAUUACUGCGGCCUGUUCCACUUCAGGUUCUGGAGGUUUGGAAAAUGGGUCGACGUAGUCAUUGAUGAUAAGCUGCCAACUAUCAACGGCCGGUUAAUUUUUGUCUACUCUAAGAGCCCGAAUGAGUUCUGGCCCGCUCUGCUGGAGAAGGCCUACGCCAAGGUCUGUGGCUCCUAUGAAGACAUGGAUGCAGGAAAUCCAGUGGAAGCCUUGGUGGACUUCACCGGCGGAUUCCACAUGUGUGUGAAGCUGUCUGAGCGGCCUGCAGACCUGUGGGAGCUGAUGUGCAGAGCCGACCAGACCAAGUCGCUGAUGGGCUGCGGGACUCCGCAGGGCGAAACUUCUGAAAACACCGUCUUACCAAAUGGCCUAGUUCAAGGCCACGCCUACGCCGUCACUGGAGUCAAGGAGGUGCUGAGCAGUGGGAAGGCUGAGCGUCUGGUGCGUCUGUGGAACCCCUGGGGCAAAAGAGAGUGGAACGGAGACUGGAGCGACGAAUCGCCUCUGUGGGAGACGGUGAGUCCUCAGGAACGUAAAACCUGCCUUUUAAAGCGUGAUGAUGGCGAAUUCUGGAUGAGUCUGCAGGAUUUCUGUGGCUUUUACGCUGACCUGGACAUCUGCUCCUCGUCUCCGGACUUCAUCGAUGGGAGCCCGUCCCAUCACUGGAAAUCCUCGUCCCACGAAGGCCGAUGGGUCGCAGGGAUCUCAGCUGGAGGCUGCAUAAAUAACUUUGAGACCUUCUGGACCAAUCCGCAGUACCGGGUGGAGGUUGGAGGCUCAGACAAUCGGGGUGAGAAGAACAUGCUGGUGUCUCUCAUGCAGAAGCCUGACAAGAGGAACAGAGGGCUGGUCCAGAACCUUUUUAUCGGCUUUUUGGUGUUUGAGGUGCCUAAAGAAUACAAGGCUGUGAAGGGGAAAUUCCCAACCGCUUUCUUCGGUAGAAACAUGCCGGUGGCUCGGGUGGAAGGCUACAUCAACGCACGGGAGGUGAUGCAGCUGAUGAGCCUGAAGCCUGGAGAGUACCUGAUCGUCCCGUCCACCUUCAACCCCAACAAGACGGCGUCCUUCAUCCUCACCGUGCUGUCCAAGGCCGAGACACGCAUCCAAGAGAGCUCUUUUAGACACAACCUGGAGCAGAUGGAGACAGAGAAGCUCUCUGCUCCAAUCAGAGCCGUGGAUGAAGACAAUAACAGAACUCUGUUCAGACAGUACUCUGACAAGUACGAGGAAGUGGACGCCGAGCAGCUGCAGGGCCUCCUGAACGGAAAAAUCCUCCAAGGUGACCUGAAGUCUGGCGGCUUCAGCACCGACGCCUGCCGCAGCAUGGUUGCCCUCAUGGACACAUCCAUCACUGGGAAGCUGAACAGUGAGGAAUUUGUCAAUUUGUGGAAGAAGAUUGUUACAUACAAGGACAUCUUCCUUCAGUCCGACAUCUCUCAGACGGGGACGCUGUCGCUGAGCGAGCUGAGGAAGGCCAUCACAGCUUCAGGAAUGACCAUCGGUGACGACAUGCUGAACAUCAUGGCUCUGCGCUACGGCGCCUCCUCUGGAUUCAUAACGCUGGAGAACUUCAUCGCUUUGGCCCUUCGCUUUGACCGCAUGUCCCAAAUAUUCAAAGAGUUAAAUGAUGGAGCAGCCAUGACUCUUCGAGAACCAGAGUGGCUGUACCUUGUGAUGUACUCCUAACCUGGAAAAGAAGAGCUGAACAGGAAACGAUCAAGCAGAGCGAACGUCUCCUGACGUCACUGAUGCACCGCUGCCCAACGAGUCUGACCCUAACGGAGCAUCAGACAGAUUUUAGCUUUUGCUGAGCAUGCUUUUUAAACAUUUCUGGAAAAAUAUCCAAAUCAUAUUUACUGAAAACAUGUAAAAUGUAAAAGUUUGAUGAAAAUUCUGACUUUCAUUUGAAAACAUUUAUUCACUUAAGAAAGUAAUUCCAUAUUAAGAAAUAGAUAUUGCUUAACAAAAUUGCUGGCUUUGCUGAUGACAAUUCAUAUAAAAUAAAAUGUGGUGUGAGA